UGCAGUAGGAAAGAUGUUACACUAUCUAGGGCUGCUGCUUCUUGUAGCGGAUAUCAGUGCCAGAACAUACGAAGGAAGAAAUUAUCAGUACACCGCAAUCAGCAACAAGCUUGACCAAUACAUCAGCAAUCUUGACACUGUGGGGAACGAACUGAAGGAACUAAAUACUGCGUACAAGAACUUGAAACAACAAGGUGACGAUUACGUAUCCGGAAACAGUUUUGACGAGGGCCGACUUUUGCCACUUCUUGGAGCAGGUUCUAAAGAAGGAGAAACCUGGGACGAAAACAUUGACCGUUGUAAUUGGGCAGAGUUUGACAUCUCCAGGGGCUACUAUCAGGGUCAAGUGUCGCUGACUAAGAAGGUCUACUGUGAAGCAGCUAACCACUUCCUCACCGCCAUCGAGUACUCGGAUCAACGAGGAAUUCUUGUUGGAAAAUGCUGCGAGAAGAAAAUCAAGAAGAAGAAGAAUAAGGGCUAAUUCUUUUCAGAGUUGAAUGAAUGAUCUCUAAUGCUCUUUACAGGCCCAACAAAUUUCGAAAAACUCAUUGUAUACUUUAGAUUUUUAGCUAUAUUCAUAACUCUAAAAGUUUAAUGUUACUGACUGUUCAAUGGUACUGUAAUCAGAUCAAUUGGCUGAUAUUAAUUUAUUGAAAAAUAGACUUUUUUAAUCGUGAUUUCAUCGUUAUUUUGUUAUCUCAGAAUGCAUGCACUUAACAACUUUUUCAGACGUUUAAGUUUAUCUUUGGGUUUUUAGUGCUUACUGCCCAGUUUUUUAAUCGAAUCUGGGGACCAGGGGAAUUGAGUAGAAUAUUGCUCAGACAAAUCUACAAAUCUUUAAUAUAUCCAAAUAAUUAUAUAAUCAUGUGAGGCAAUAAUUUUUUCUUUUUCUUAAGAA